AUAUAUGUAUACAGCAAAUCACCCUCUGUUGAUCUGCGAUUUGUUACGGCUGCUGCUUCUUCAUCCAUGCCUUCUUGGUUGAGUUCUUAUAGAUCUGGUCUCUGACCCACUUCUUUCUUCAUCCACCACCGGAAUCACUCCGGGACCGACCCAUGGUUUGGAUCGCUACAAGUCUCGGAUGGAUCCAUAGAGCAUGCCAGUGACUUUCCGUUUCGGGGUUUCAACCGCAGAACACGACGGCGGUAACAAGAAAUUGCAGAUCUCGGAUUCACCAAUUGACAAGAAGUCAACGACGGCAACGAAAAGGAUGGCCGACGCUGAGGUCCUCAUCGCCACAUCAACAACCACCAUGGAUGGUACUCCAUCCUUUAGGUCGACCGCCGCUCCGACGAGGUCGAUCUCACCAAGUAGGCUGCUCGCAAUUUUCCUCCACCCCGACAAGAACAAGUUCGCCUUCGCCGACUCCGCCUUCAAGCUCGUCGUCGACUCAUGGGUUGUCCUCUUCGAUCCGGCGAUAAAAUUACUGUACGAGCUAAAAAGAGAAAGCGGGGGCACAGAUUUUGGAUCCGGACCAUCCUCUAAGCCGGAACACUUGCAAGUCUCUAUUACCUGCCGGAGAUGUCACUGCUUUUGUUCCAUGGCAUCAUCGGAGGUAAGUAAUUGUGUCAUGGCGGUGGUGGUGUCUAUGACCGUCGGGGUAGCGAUGAAGCUGGUUUUGUCGUGGCGACGAUGAAGAUGGUGGCUUUGUUGAAGAUGAUGGCUUUGUUGUGGCGGUGGUGAAGAUGAUGACUCAGAUGAUAUGUUCUGCAAAUCUAGGGUUCAAGAAGGUCAAAUUUCAGGAAAAAGAAAAAAAGAAAACAAAAAAGAAAGCUAAAUUUUCGGGGAAAAAAAUAUUAUUAGGGUAAAAGAGUAAUUUGACAAUUAAUUAUCAUUAUUAAUAUAAUAUGGGGUAUAUAACAUUCAUAAAAAUUUCUAUCAUAAUUAAUCGGCGAUGACAUUGGAGGGAGGUUAGUGUAAUUUUUAAAAUUUAAAAAGUAUCGCCUAUAAUUAGGGUUAACUUCGAGAGAGAUAAGUAUAAUUAUUUCAAAAUAUUUUAAUUUAAUAUAUAUAUAUUAUAAUGAGUGGGAUCAGGGGCAGUUGCCCACUGAACAUACACCGACUCCGCCCGUGGUUUGUUCUGCUUAAAGGUAGCAAAUAAUUCCUGCAGAAGGAAGCCAAAACUAAUGGCAAGAACAGUGCCUGCUCUCCAUUCUCAUUCAACGCUAUUCUCAACAUGGCUGCGGCGGGAUCGAGGGGGCGGACGCUAGACCAAUUUCUUCACUAUCUUGGAUCAGAAAGCGUGGAAGAUCUCAACUCCAAGACUUCGGCAUUAAUUCGUCUAGUAGGAUCUUCUUCAGAGAGUAGUAGUACUACUACUGGAGGUCUUAUUCUAUCUUUUGUUAAUGGGCUUUGGGUGGAUCAAUCUUUUCCUCUCAAUUCUUCUUAUCAACAUCUUGUUCAACGUCUUUACAAUGCUCAAGCCAAAACUGUUGAUUUUCAAAACAAAGCUGAUGAAGUUAAGGAUGAAGUGAAUACAUGGGCGGAAAAUGCAACCAAAGGGCUCAUCAAGGAUCUUGUAAGCAAUCUUCCUGGAGAUACAAUAAUUGUGCUAGCAAAUGCGCUCUACUUCAAAGGAAGUUGGGAGAAAAAGUUUUAUGCAUCACAGACGAGAGACACAGAUUUUCACCUACUCAAUGGAGAAAAAGUUUCAGCCCCUUUUAUGACCUCUAUGAAUUACCAAUUUUUCGGAUCCUUUGAUGGUUUCAAACUUGUCAACAUCCCGUAUCAAAAGGGCAAAGAUGGAAGGCAGUUCUCAAUGUCAAUAUUUCUUCCCAACGAGAGAGAUGGGCUGCAGGGUUUGAUACAACAGUUUGAGUCUAAUAAUUGGUUCUUGCAUCAUCUUUCCGAGCUACGAAAAAGUUGAACUUGAUGCUUUCUGGAUUCCAAAAUUUAAGUUCUCAUACGAUAUGGAUGCUAAAAAAACCAUCAAAGAAUUGGGAUUGACAAGGCCUUUCGAAAAUCAUGAGCAGCUCACAGAAAUCUCCAACACCAAGGGACUUCUUUUCUCAGAGAUUUUUCAAAAAUGUUACAUAGAAGUCAACGAGGAAGGUACAGAGGCUGCAGCUGCUACAUAUAUGGUUGGAUUGAUGGGCUGUUCUCGUUAUACACCUCCAAAGCCAACCUUUGUGCCCGAUCAUCCUUUCAUCUUCAUGAUUACGGAAGAAUCGUCUGGGGUUGGGGUUGUGUUAUUCACUGGAGCUGUCAUCAAUCCUCUCUUGAAUGGCUGAUUCCCUCAUCGCGGAAUGGUGAAAUUGAUGCUGCAUGCCGGAGGAUUUCAAAGUUUUCUUCUUCUUUUUCUUUGGUAAAUAAGAUUUCAAAGUCGUUAGCAAGUUGCAAUUAUAAAUAAAUGAUUCAUACUACUAUUAUCAUUU